GUAACUUUGUAUACCUGUGUCUGUGUCUCCGUGUGUCAUCUGUUUAAUUGUUUAUACUUAUCUACAUCCUGAGGGGAAUAUACCAGCGAUAAAAUAGAAAUAUUUACUUUACGUUUUAUAUAAUCUAGAAUUUAUUAGAAAAGAAAAAGCAGAGACAAACACAAGGUAUAGAUUGACAAGUUCACAGUGACUGGGAUGGACGUCAGAAGGGAGAGGGAUUGUAAUUUUGUCACGGAUCUUACCUUGGGACUGGUCGACACGCUUAGAAGCGUGGGGGGCGUGCAGGACGUGAGCGUGGUGGUGCGAGGGGGCGUGGAGCGCUCGGCCGUGGUGGCGUGGGAGCAGCGACACAAUGUAGUGCUACCUGUGUCUCUCAGGGCCCUGUACACUGCCACUGACGGCUUUAAGCUCACCUGGAACUACGCCACGGCAGGGAAGGUUCUGCCUCUGGGGAACAUGGAAGUGCACCCCUUAGGACGAGUCAACAGGCUGGGCAGCGGCCGGGGGAGCGGAGACCCCCUAGCUCCCUCCAUCACCGAUCUGGCACUAGCUGAAGACCCACCAGCACCCGCCGAUCCUCUCCGACUAGGGAUGACCCGCACCUCAGCUCCGGCUCUCCCAACCUUCCAUUCCUCCAAGAUGUUUGAGGUGGACAGCUGUCAGGGUUAUGGUAGGGUGGUGGUGGCGUACCCUGGGCGGGGGGAGACCUUCGGCGAGGGCUCCUAUUGGUUCAUCGACCUGUCCCUGCGGCCUCACCUGCUGGCACCUGACACUCACACCUACUGGCGCCUCAUGCUGGCUCACCUGGGGAUGCCUCAGUGGCAGGCCCUCGUCGCUGGGAUCGGCAUUACGCCUUGGGCACGGCAAUGGUACGAGGUGGUGGCUGGGUACCUACUGGAAGGUCCACGGCCUCCCAGGGUCUCUCAGGCUCAGGACCUCGUCAACAAGCUCGACUGGUCCGUCUUCAAGACCAAAAAGACCCAGAAGACCAAGGUGACCAAGGACACCCCGAAAGAGUCCGCCACCGGUAACAAGGACAACAUCAACAAAGACUCUGGCAAAGACACACCGAAGGAUACUGGGAAACAAAAAGAAUAAUGGACAAAGAAAAUAUUUGACGUUUGAUUUAUUGAAUUUUCUUCUGACCGUCUUCAUUCAUUUUAAAUUUAUUUCUACUACUACUACUACUAC